GCUGCAGCCAGUUCGCGGCAUGUUGAGCUGUCCUGGGGGGUGCGUCCGUUUGACCAGCAGCGACUUCAGCGAAGCUAGUCGACAGUCGGGUACAAGCCUUCAGCUCGGUGACAGUAUUUUGGUUACGGCUCCCCUGGACAGCGAGGGAGAGAAUGAGAAUAGUGGAUUUAGUUUCUACUUGUAGGUACAGCGCAGCAGCAGCAGAAGAAGAAGGGAAGUCACUUCAAAAGAUUUUGACAUGAAGAAGGACAUAGACACAUUGAUAGCAGAGGAACGCGCUGAAAUCAUCUCUAAAUAUGACAAGGGCAGGCAGGAGGGUGUCAACAUUGACCCAUGGGAGGACGCUGACUACAGCAUCUAUAAGGUCACCGACCGCUUCGGCUUCCUGCACGAGGAAGAGCUGCCAACACCCAGUGCGCUUGAAGAGAAGCAAAAGCACCACGAGAUAGAGCGAGUGGAGAAAUGGCUGAAGAUGGUGAAGAAGUGGGACAAGUACAGAAACAGCGAUAAGUUGGCAAAGCGUGUGUAUAAAGGCAUCCCUCUGCAGCUGAGAGGCCAGGCCUGGGCCUUGCUUCUGGACAUAGAGAAAGUCAAAAAGGAGAACGACGGAAAAUAUGAGAGAAUGAAGCAGCAGGCUCGUAACUUUUCCACAGAGAUCAAACAGAUUGACUUAGACGUCAACAGAACCUUCAGGAACCAUAUCAUGUUCAGGGACCGCUUUGGAGUCAUGCAGCAGGCGCUGUUUCACGUACUAGCAGCUUACUCAGUCUACAACACGGAGGUGAGCUACUGCCAGGGGAUGAGUCAGAUCGCUGCCAUCUUGCUCAUGUACCUGAAUGAGGAAGAUGCCUUCUGGGCUCUGUCCCAGCUCCUCAACAACAGCAAGCAUGCCAUGCACGGGUUUUUCAUCCCGGGAUUUCCCAAGCUGCAGCGUUUCCAGGCCCACCAUGAGCUGAUCCUCUCCAAAAUGCUGCCAAGGCUGAAGAAACACCUGGACAAGGAGCAGAUGACAACAGGGAUUUACACCACCAAAUGGUUUCUGCAGUGCUUCAUUGACAGAACCCCUUUUACCCUCACCCUGCGUCUAUGGGACAUCUACAUACUGGAGGGAGAGAAGAUGCUAACUGCUAUGGCUUAUACAACCCUCAAGUUACACAAGAAGCGCUUGCAGAAGCUCCCGUUAGAGGACCUGAGGGAGUUUCUCCAGGAGCAGACGGCUGUUUCUUUUUUCCUGCCUGAUGAUGUGGUGAUUGAACAGUUACAGGCUGCGAUGUCUGAGCUUCGUGGUAAAAAGCUGGACCAACCUCCCCCAGCCAAGUCAGAGGAGCUGCCAAAGAAACCUCUGGGUCAAGAGAGACCAGUUCUCAUUCUGCCUCUGCAGCCUGACUCUCCUCUGGAGGUCAAAAUAAAUCUGCAGCCCAACAGUCAACCCAAUACAGAGGCCCAGCAGACAGUGGGAAUCGCCCUACAGCAGACCCCUUCUCCUGCAGACCUUCAGGACUCGAGAACACCCCCUCUGCCUUCACCUGACCCAGUUGUAGUCUGCACAGAAAGAACACCUUCUCCUUUAAGGCCGUGUAGAGCACCUCCGUUACCUCCAAAAGCAGACAAAUCACGUGCUGAGGUCAGGUUGGAUGGAGAUGUGAGGGAAUUGCCUCCAGAGGUUACCCAGACCGACAAUGUGGGAAAACAGGAGAGCCAGCCUGAAGACCCAGAUACUGAGGACGAGCCUGUGGAUUGG